AUGAAGUGUGUCAUUAUACUUAGCGCAGCAGACACUGCUUAUAGAACAUACACCAGGCACAUCAAGUUCGCUAAAAAAUGCAAGGUCCUCAAUUUGCAGGCUACAUACAGCAUCCCCCGUCGUUUUUCAUCAUAUUUCAUAUAUUUGCUUCUGAAAAUACGACCUACAAAACCGCAAUAUGGGGAAUAUGUUUGCAAAUUUAUU